GUCGUUGGCAGCAAGCAGCAGCACAAACCAUGGCCGAGAAACUCAUGUCACCAAGUGACAUUGAGCGGAUGUUUGAGGUGGCCAUCAACAAGUUUGAGCGGUUGCUGGAGGGCAAGUCGAAGACCGUAAGGUCGGAGAAAUCUCCUCCCGCUGUAGUGCCACGAAAGGAGCGCAGCACCAGCAGCAACAGCAGCCUUUCCAAACCCACGGCGGGAAAGGCGUCGUUGGGGUCGUAUGGGUCGUAUAAUAACCAACUGUUGCUAUUAACCCUAGCCCGCCUUGUACGGCGAGAACAGUCGCACUACUCGAAGUACACCACAAUGCCAGCAGCGUUUUUCGUGCCUAACAGGGAACCAUGGCCUGCGCAUGUUCGCGGCACGAGCGUUAACAUAAACGGGUUUCGUGCCGCGAAAAAGAAAGACAAGAUCCAUCCCAAGAUCGAAAAAAAACUCAACGACCUCAAUUUUGUGUGGGAUCUAAACCAACACAAGUGGCAAAUGAACCUUUGGGGAUUGCGAAUCUACAAAGUUUGCCAUGGUGAUGUGGAUGUCCCACUGUCGUUUGUCGUGCAAAAUAAGGACGACACGUAUCCGAACGAGUUGUGGUCGUUUGCCCUCGGCCAAUGGCUCGCCAAAACGAAAGCGGCUGUUCACGAUCUGCCAGAAGGCAAGAAACGGGCGUUGGCCGAAGUUGGUGUGCAGUGGGUAGAGUAGAUCAAAACUAGUAACGUUUCAAUACAUGGUUGUUCUAAUGUGAUAAACAUGAACGUAGUACC